AUGCUUUUUUCAAAGUCGUGUGCUGAAAUAGUGCAUCGCCUGUUAACGCGUGGUUAUACUAGCAUAGGAAUAACGAUGAUUCGUUUAUGUAGAACACCAUUAUGGGAUAAAAAUAUCACGAAUUUACCGUAUCCAUAUUUAACAAAAUGUUUUCGAAAUAUGAUUUUACAAUUGAUACCUUUGGUUAUGUUUUGGUUUAUUUUACCAUUAUGGAUUUAUAUGUUAAACAGACGACGAAUAAAUUUACAACCAAUUCCAAUAUCUUCACUAUUCAUAAGUAAAAUGAUUUUUACUGUUCUGUUUAUUCUUAUCCAAAUUACAACUCUAUCAACAGAACGACAUGAUCGUGCGGUUUUUCUCGCUUCAAUUCUUUAUAUAAUGACAUCAAUAACUAUUAUUUGGUUAUUAAAUUAUGAUCGAUUGAAGAAUAUUUAUUCGUCAGAGGUACUCUUUGUAUUUUGGUUACUGGUAUCAGUCACUAAUAUAACAGAUCUCAUCAUCGAUUCGAUUGAAUUCUACGAAAAAAACAAAUCAAUUGAAUUAUGGAUACAACUCAUUCGUUUAUAUCUUCGAUUUUUCGUUGUUUUAGGAUUAUUUAUUAUGAAUUGUUUUCCUGAAAAAUCCAUCAAUAUAGAAAAAUCUAUUAUGCCUGAAUCAUAUGUUAGUAUUCCAUCACAAAUAUUUUGUACAUGGGUAACACCAUUAAUUGUUCGUGGUUAUAAAAAGCCACUUGAAGAUAGUGAUUGUUGGCGGUUAUCAAUAUCCGAACGAAUUGUUACAGUUGUUCAUCAAGUUCAAAAUUGUAUCAAUCGAAUGACAAAACCAUCAGGAAAGAUUUUAUACACAAAUGUCACUGAAGAUGGAAAUGAUUUAUUAGAAAAGCCAUUGUUAAAACAUGAAAAAAAACUUGUUUUUUGGCAUGCUCUUUUCAUUGCAUUUAUUGAAAAGAUAAUUGCUGGUGGUUUGACUAAAUUUGUUCAUGAUUUAUUGCAAUUAGCUGGUCCAUUGGUUUUAAAGUUAUUUCUAAAAUUUUUUACUGAUCCAACAAAGCCAAAAUGGUUAGGAGUGUUUUAUGCUUUAUCAUUAAGUACAAUAGUCUUUUGUCAAGUUAUAUUCUUACGAACUUAUUUCUACUCUCAAUUCAUUGUUGGACUUCGAUUUCGUUCAGCAAUAUGUGGACUUGUCUAUCGCAAAACUUUAAAAUUAAGUAAUGCAUCAAAGCAUGAAACAACUACCGGUGAAAUAAUUAAUCUAAUGGCAAUUGACGCAUCACGUUUUGCGGAUAUUACAACACAUUUGCAUAUGUUAUGGUCCGGCCCAUUUCAAAUAACUAUUAUACUUAUUCUACUUUAUAAAGAAAUGCAAUUAGCGAUUGUGCCGGGUCUUGUAUUAUUGUUUUUAAUGAUUCCGAUUAAUUUAUUUCUUCAAAAAAUUUUAAAAAGAUUGGCGUCUGAACAAAUGAAAGUUAAAGAUGAACGAAUUAAAAUAAUGAAUGAAAUUCUUAAUGGAAUCCGCGUUUUGAAAUUAUAUGCAUGGGAAAUGGCAUUUAUUCGUACAAUUACUCGUAUAAGAGAACAAGAACUUAAAUAUAUUCGACAAAGUGCGAUUAUUGGCGCUUUUUCACAUGUUCUUUGGAUAUUUACACCAAUUCUUGUUGGCGUAAUAACAUUUGCUACAUAUGUUCUUUUAUCGAGUUCGAAUAUUUUAACUGCAGAGAAAGCAUUUGUAUCAUUAGCAUUAUUUACUUUGCUUCGCGGACCACUCAUAUCAUUUCCGACUAUGAUAAAUAGCAUUAUCGAAGCACGUGUAUCAAGUGAACGAAUUGGAAAAUUUUUAACUCGCGAUGAAAUUGAUCAAAAUGCUGUAGAUGAAACUCCACUUGAAUCAUCGAGUAGUAAUUCUAUUCAUAUUGAAAAUGGAUGUUUUGGUUGGUCAAAUCUUGCAGAUGCUCCUUUGAUUCUCAAAGAUAUAAAUUUACAAAUUCAUCAAGGUUCACUUGUUGCUCUUGUUGGUGUAGUAGGAUCGGGUAAAAGUAGUUUAUUAUCAGCGCUUCUUGGAGAAAUGAGUAAAAUAAAUGGGCGUGUGUGUAUUAGUGGACAAAUUGCAUAUGUUCCACAAACAGCAUGGAUUAUGAAUGCAACAUUGAGAGAAAAUAUUCUUUUUGGAAAAGAUUUUGAUAAGAAAUUUUAUGAUCAAAUUAUUGAAGCAUGUGCACUAAAACAAGACCUUGCUAUGCUUCCAGCAAGAGAUCAAACAGAAAUUGGUGAAAAGGGCAUUAAUUUAUCUGGUGGACAACGACAACGUGUUUCAUUAGCUCGAGCAUUGUAUAGUAAUGCGGAUACUUAUCUUCUUGAUGAUCCGUUAUCAGCUGUUGAUGCACAUGUUGGUGCACAUAUAUUCAAACAUGUUAUUGGAUCAAAAGGACUACUAAAUGGCAAAACAAGGAUUUUAGUAACACAUGGUGUAACACAUUUAUAUAAAUGUGAUAAUAUUGUGGUUAUUUCUCAUGGUAAAAUUGUUGAUCAAGGUUUAUAUAAUGAUUUAAUAGAACGAAGUGAAAUUCUACGUGAAUUUGUUCAUUCUGGUAAAGAACAAGAUGAACAUGAAACACAUGAUGUAGAACGUCGAGUAAGUAUUGAAGGUACUGAAAAUGAUGAUCAAUAUGUUGAAGAAGAAAAGAAAAAACUUAUUGAAAAAGAAACAAUCGAAACUGGUUCUAUCCAAUUUCGUAUAUUUUCAAUUUAUAUUCGUGCAUGUCGAUUAUCAAUGAUUACAUUACUUAUUAUUUUUUCCUUCUUAACGUUAGUUUCUAUUCUAUGUGCAAAUAUUUGGCUUACAAAAUGGACGGAUGAGGCGACAAAUACAAUUUAUUAUAUGACCAUUUAUUCUAUCUUAGGCUUAUCUCAAGGUUUAUUUAUAUUUCUUACGCAAUUAGUUUUAAAACUUGCUGCAUAUAUUGCUAGUCGGAAACUUCACUGGAUUCUUCUUAUGGGAAUUCUUCAUGCACCAAUGUCAUUUUUUGAUACAACACCAAUUGGACGAAUUAUCAAUCGUUUUUCUAAAGAAAUUGAUUCAAUUGAUUCAGCAUUACCCACUUCUAUUUCUCAAUCAAUAAUUGUCCUAGUUUCUGUUAUUGCAACAAUAUUAUUUCUUAUCUAUGGAUCAUGGUUUGCUAUUGUUGUACUUUUACCACUUACAAUUCUCUUUUUUUACUUUCGGCGUGUGUAUAUCGCAUCAUCUCGGCAACUUCGCCGUUUGGAUUCAGUUACACGUAGUUCAAUUUAUGCAAAUUUUAGUGAAACAAUUCAAGGUCUUAGUUCAAUUCGAGCUUAUCAUGUUCAACAACGCUUUGUUGAAGCUUUCGAUAAACUUAUGGAUCGAAAUCAAUCAUGUUUUUUUGCUAGUACAGUUGCCAAUAGAUGGCUUGGCGUUCGUUUAGAAAUGAUUUCGAAUUUAAUUAUUUUCUUUACAGCUAUAACAUCUGUUUUUCUACGUGAUCAUUUAACAGCUGGUACUGUUGGUUUAAUGAUGACGUAUGCUUUACAAAUUACGAAUUUUCUUAAUUUCCUCGUACGCACAACAAGUGAAAUUGAAACAAAUAUUGUUAGUGUUGAACGAAUCAAUGAGUAUGCAGAAUUAAAAUCUGAGGCUUCAUGGGAAAUUCCAGAAACAAAACCCUCACUGCGUUGGCCAACAAAUGGAAAUAUUCAAAUAAAACAAUUGUCCACACAAUAUCGAGAACAAUUAGAAUUGGUAUUGAAGGAUAUAAAUGUGAAUAUUGAACAUGGAGAUAAAAUUGGAAUCAUCGGUCGAACGGGUAGUGGAAAAAGUAGUUUAUGUUUAGCAUUAUUACGUAUUAUUGAGCCGACUAAUGGCACAAUAGUCAUUGAUAAUGUCGACAUUCGUACAAUUGGUUUACAUGAUUUACGAUCAAAGAUCACUAUUAUCCCACAAGAUGCGGUUAUUUUUGCUGGUAGUAUAAGAUUCAAUCUUGAUCCAUUUGGUUAUUACAGUGAUACAGAAAUUUGGUCAGCGGUGGAAUUAGUACACUUGAAAGAUUGUUUGAUCAAAAGGGGAAAUGAUUUAUCAUAUAUGUUAGCAGAAGGUGGUCAAAAUAUGAGUGCUGGUGAAAGACAACUAUUAUGUUUAGCUCGAGCUCUUUUGAGAAAAAGUAAAAUAUUUAUACUUGAUGAAGCAACUGCUGCGAUUGAUAUGGAAACAGAUCGUCUUAUUCAAUUGACAAUUCGAUCAGCAUUAAAAAAUGCAACUGUUAUAACAAUUGCUCAUCGAUUACAUACGAUUUUAGAUAGUACUAAAAUUAUUGUUUUAUCUAAUGGUUAUAUCCAAGAAUAUGAUCAACCAAGUCGCUUAGCUGCAAAUCCAAAUUCAGCAUUUACUAAACUAUUACACGAUGCUAAUAUUCACCCAUCAGAUAUCACUUCUGUUCUUACAUAA